AUGUAAUUGCUUCUGAAUUAAAAAUUUUAAAAUCAAAGAAAUAAUAUAUUGGUGAUUGAUCCUGAAAAUUUAUCGCAAGAAUAUAUUUAUAUUUCUCAUUGCAUCCGUCAGUACAUUUAAUCUAUAAAAUAUAUCUCAUAUUAAGGCUAAUUGUAAAACUUAAUAAUGUUUUAUAAUAAAGGAUGUGAUUAGAGAAGAAUUAUUAAAAUCAUAGCAAUGGAGAACAUUUAUUUUAUAAUUUCAAUAAUAAUAAGAAUCUAAAAUAUAUCUGAUUUCUUAUUAAAUAAAACAUGA